GCGUAGCUUUUUUUUUCUUCUUCCUUUUUCCUCUCCUUUCUCUUUUUUCCCCUCCUCCAUCCUUGGCUCUCUUUGCCUGAGAGGCAAGAAACUCACGUUCAGCGAAUCCCAAGAACAACCGACCCAAACUAUUACCACCAUGGCAUCUGCGAGCAGCUCUGCGCAGGCGGCCUUCGGGCUGGGCCGCAGGAAGAAGAACCCUACCCUCCUGGAUCAGAUCGGAACGUUCUUCGGCGGGGACAAGAAGAGGAAGAGCAAGGGCUCUUUCCGUGGGGCCUUGUCUCCAGCACCCCAGAAAGCUUCCGCAGCCUCCCCCCGCAAGCGUGGUGCGGAGAACGCCGUGGUGCAUUUCUUCCGAACGAUUGGCGAUCAGAAGUCACAGUCUGCUAGAGCCAAGAAGGCCAGCGGAGGCGACGGCAAAGGCACCCUGACUAAGAUCUUCAAAAUGUGAUGAGAUCACAGGCAGAGGAAGCAGAAGUGCUUCUCCGGCCAAACGCUGAGGUCCCUUUCUGCAACCCCCCCUUCCGAGAACAAGACCAAGAGCAGAUGUCAAGAACGAGGGACUAAAAGCGAGGGAAAAAAAGAAGAAAUAAGAGGAAUUCUUGUCAACUCACUUCUCCCUUUACCUCCGAUAACAUUCUAAUUGUAUGCUAUAACUCUGGUCAACCCAACCAAAAUUGACCCCUCCCUGCCUCCCCCAUUUCGGCUGGUCAAUAGCGACACAAUCUGUGGCCCCCUGCAGUUGUUGUGCUGAGUGUCUGAGUGUCAGGCUCAUCUCCAGUGUGUCUUUGAACCCACUCACAUGUACCGCCCCCUGUAUCUGCGUCCAUGAUCGCUUUUCUAACCAGGGUGGUGAGACUGAAAUCAGACCCAGGAUAUUUGAAUGUGAAGGCUGGUCGCAAGUCCAACUUGAUCUCUGACACCACCACUUGUUUGGCGUGAAAGACUGGGUCUGCUUGUUUUGUUUUUUGUUUUUGCUUAAAAGCGGUUCUCUGUCUUGUCUUACUUUUGUCUAUCGUUUUCUCAACCCUGUGUGUGUAUAUGAACCUGUUUUGAUUUUAGGAAUGUUUUGUUAAUCACUCUAACUGAUUUUACUUGUAUUGUUAGGACCAUUUGGUCGAAAUCUGUUUACUUUUAAUUGGACUUCUCACUCUCUGUCUCCCAUGUCUACGUUGUAAUUAAGUGUCCAGUCUUGAAAUGUGAUGUUGAUCGGUGUGUGUGCUUGUAUGUGCGCGUGUGUGUGUGUUAUUAGGGCCUACGGUUGCCUGUCAACUGCGGUUAAAAAAGAAGAUUAACCUUCAAGUAUUUAUUUUUUCACAACAGCGUCCACCCAGUUGCAAUAAAGAACGGUUGCAUUUGCAUUUCUAAUGUUGUUUCAGUUUUUCAUUGGUUCUUAAAGUGGUGGUAUGUAGUUGCUAUUGUCAUGAAUAGGGCAUUGAGAGUUCUCCAUCCGGGUGUAUAAUCUGUCAAGCACCGUCAUUCAUCUUGAAAAGCAUGCAGACAGCUCUGAAUCCAGCCCUCAUGUCAGUGCAUCAACAGUAAAAGGCAUCAUGGGCUUUUGACCCUCUGCCUGUGGUCUGGUGUAAUUCUAGGUCUGCAGGACCGCCGUCUCGAGAUAUGGCUUGCUUUCUAAAUAUCUGCAAAGGCACAUCCAAUAAUACUGACAUUUUAAAACAGCAAGCUCAACCAGCAGCAUUCUUAAAACUAAAAAAAACAAAACAACAACAAACAAAAAAACCACAAUGAACAGUGUUUGUGUCAUGUGGAUCUUCAAAACAUACGUACACAAUUUCAUAAAGGUGCUAAAUAACUGAGGUUGUGAAGGAUCCCAGGGUACCUUUAGAUGGUUUAACAGGAAGUGACGGCAAGUUUUUGAUGAUGUGUCGAUAGAAGAAUAGCUUAGUACUACCACUUGUGCUGUUCAAAAUGUCCCUUUCCCAAAGGUUUCUCGUGUUGAAGAGCAUGUAUAUGGUCUGUAGCACGAGUCCCUCCUUACUCUUUGUGUCUGUAUGCUUGGAAAAGAGUGGUGUAUACUUGGGCAUGACAUGUUUUUCGCAUGGGUCCUGUGAAUGAAUGUAAAUUAAAACUCAAGACCUUCAUUACUGUACCUGUAAUAAACAUGACCAGCCACUUAACAUGACAUUUAAAGAAACAAAUAAAUAAAUUAAAAAGGGAUCAA